UCAUUGACCUGACUACUUUCACCCGUGAACAGAGACACAACAAUACCACUGGAUCAUGGAGAGCAGCGAACAGAGGCCACAAGCCUCCUCGUGGAGAGAUCAUUUUGUAGUAAAGCGGAUCCGCAUGUUGGUCCCCGUUGGCUUCAAAAGCGAAAUUAAAGAGCUGUCAAAACUUUCUGGACCAGUGAUAAUGGCCCAGCUCAUGGUUUUCUCUGUGGGUCUGGUCAGUACUAUUUUCUGUGGACAUUUAGGGAAGACUGAACUGGCCGGAGUGUCUUUAGCCAUAGCAGUUGUUAAUGUAACAGGUAUAUCUAUUGGCUCAGGUUUGGCUUCAGCCUGUGAUACUCUUAUUUCUCAGACUUUUGGGAGCCGUAACCUCCUCAAAGUUGGUGUCAUUAUGCAGCGGGCCAUCCUUAUUUUGCUGCUGGCAUGUUUCCCCUGCUGGGCGAUCCUCAUCAACACAGAGCCCAUCCUGUUGCUUGUCAGGCAAGAACCAGAAGUGGCCAGGCUUUCUCAACUAUACGUGAAGAUUUUUAUGCCUGCGCUUCCCGCUACAUUCAUGUAUUCAUUAGAGACAAGAUAUCUGCAAAGUCAGGGCAUCAUAUGGCCACAGGUAAUUACAGGCCUCGUGGUCAAUCUUUUUAACGCCCUCAUCAACUACAUCGUUCUCUACGCAGUUAAUCUGGGAGUAGCAGGCUCCGCUAUUGCCAACGCCAUAUCCCAGUUCGCCUUGGCGGGAAUUCUCUUUGCUUAUAUCUGGUGGAAGGGUCUUCAUAAGGCUACUUGGGGAGGCUGGUCUAAAGAAUGCCUCCAGGACUGGGGCUCAUACAUCAGCCUGGCCAUCCCCAGCAUGGUCAUGAUGUGUGUUGAGUGGUGGACAUACGAGAUUGGUGGUUUUCUGGCAGGACUCAUAAGUGAGGUGGAACUUGGAGCUCAGUCGGUCGUGUUCCAACUGGCAAAUAUUGCUUACAUGUUUCCCAUGGGUUUCAGCAUAGGGGGCAGCGUUAGAGUUGGAAAUGCUUUGGGAGCCGGAGACACAGAGCAGGCCAAGCUGUCUGCUAAGCUGACGAUGUUCUGUGCAGGGUCAGUGUCUGUAUGUUUGGCAGUUCUCAUUGGAAGUCUGAAGGAUCACAUCUCGUAUAUAUUUACGUAUGACGAACAAAUCAGGGAAAGAGUCACUGAUGUUAUAACUUUCUACGCUCCGUUCAUCCUCAUAGAUGCAACAUCCGCUGCUUCGAGUGGCAUCAUAAGAGGAGCAGGUAAACAGAGAGUCGGAGCUCUCUGCAACAUUGUGGGAUAUUAUGGUAUUGGGUUUCCUAUUGGAGUGCCACUGAUGUUUGCAGCCAAAUUAGGAAUCAAGGGUUUGUGGACAGGCUUGUUUACCUGCGUGUCACUGCAGUGCACCUUCCUGAUUUUCUAUCUCUUGAGAAUGAACUGGAAGAAAGUUACAGAAGAGGCUCAGAUCAGAGCGGGAGUCUGUGGGAGCUCUGCAGGCACAGAUGAUCCAGUUUGCCCAGAGGCCCAAACAGAUGCCACUGACCUGGUCAAAGCUGAGGAGACAUUUGUAAUAGAACCAGUCAACAACCAGCUCUCUCACAGGUCCCUGGUUCUACGUAGGGGCCUCACUCUGGCUGUCAUGUUAUUCAUCUUGGCGAGUGGAAUCAUUUUGAACCUAGUGAUCACGAAUUUGGUUACAUGAACAUAAGAAAAGUCUUAAUCAGUGGUAUAACUCUUUAGCCACCAGUGCUAAGUAUGACGCAGGUGUUUGCACUGCAGGAUCUCAAAGCAGGGCAGUCGAGAGGCACGAGUGCACAUGAGUUGAAAGUGAUUGCAGAAGUGAAAGAGUCUAUGAUUUGUGACCAAAUGAUCAAAUGAUUGUCCACGAGAUUUUCCAGUCAAUCCACGAGGGCUGAGUUCACAACCACAUUCUGUCAAAGAGUGUCUAACAGGAGAGACAUCUGACAACAUCUGUGCUAAAAUAAUAAACAGAAAAUGUGUGGUUAUCA